AUGGCGCCAACACCUCUUACACCCCCUUCCUCCGGCAGUGAAGGUACCUCUCCAUUGCCUGGUUACCAAGCUGGAGUGUUCAAAAGAAGACCUGCAAGAAGACCGAGUACGGGCAAGUUUACCUGGAAACCCCACCAUCGGAGAACCUUGUUAGUCUGUCAUCGACUGGAUCUACAAGCGAAGGAUCUUGUCCGGGUCUUUAACACGCUAUACCAAAACGAUUGCGCCCUUGCUGGAUACCCAAAUGGCAUUACGCGUGGAAGUCUCCAGGCACAGUGGCAAGAACACAGAAAAAGUACCUGCAAGCCAUGGAAAGAAGUUCUAGACUCCUCCGAGGUUGACCUUGAGCUUGCCAAAGCAGAGAUCAAGAAGUGUCUGGCCAAAGACCCUUCUUACGUCCAGCCAGCUUCUACGACCAGACAACCUCCUUCUAAUACUCAAUGGCGAACGUCGGCUAGAAAUACUCGAGUCCAGACUUUUGAUAAUCAGAACACCCCUCGUUCGACGGCAUCGACCAACGAUACGGCUGCACCUUUAUCCCCACCACCGACGCCACCUGUACGAGUCCAGAAACCAGCUGUCCAAGCCUGCAAACCUCGACAGCUAGUGUCCGUUGUCAUCGAGACCCGNCAAAAGGCCUUGGUCGUUAGCCAGCCGACUCGCAAUACUUUUAACAAGUCGCCCCGCGGUAUGGUCUCGUCCGAUCGAACAAGAACGGUUGGGGGCAGACAGAUACCCAUCAUCGGAGCCACAGACCAGGAUCUAGAUGUAAAGCAUCCAAUCACACCUGCCGAAGCACAUUCUGCAGUCCCAGAGCUCUUGUUCCGAUUCUACGAUGACCACAGUCAAGGAGCAAGGACACCAGGAGGCGAGAUUUCUGGACGACACGCCUGGUUACCAUGCCGGCCCCCAGCACCACUACCGUGCGAUGCCGAUUGCAUGUUCUCGGCUAUUCUUAGCCACUUGAAUCACGACGAGACUGCGUCCGAGUUGAUCAGCACAACAUCUAAUCUUUUCUUCGCGAUGAGACUAGCAGCGAAGUCAAACGCAAAUCCGCACAUCUAUGUGAUCCGCGGCAGCGCUCUACCACGUCAAAAGGUCUUCCACUUGUGGCCAUACCAUUUGCGCUUCCUUGCCGAAAAACUUUACUACAAUGGAAAGUACAGAAAUCCAUCAUCACACGAGUAUGCCAUUUGGGCAACACUUCCACGUACAGUCAUCAUAUACGACUUUGCCUUGGCCGAUCUCGAGCGCCACCUUGCCGGCAAUCCGUACAUGGAGUCUCUUUUCCGCAUCGACGAGAUGCGCACGAAAAAAGGGCAACACAACCAUUCGACGAGACUUCAAAAGGAUAAUCUCGACAUGACGCUUGCAACCAUAGAAGGGCUCGCCCGACUGAUGCCUACAUUCGGCAUAACCGUCAAGAGUUCCGCACCCGUCAUCGCCCGACUGAUAUCUGAGAUCAUCCGCGGCUUUGUGGUCACUCUACCCAAGACCACGCCAACGCAAUGGGACAUUCUAGGCGGAGCUUUUGCCUACGCUCUCUCCUACCACGCAAAGCAAACAAACGUCGCCGAAGCCUACCUCGUACGCGCAAAAGAGGCAUUUCUAUCGGGAGCGAGAAUGGGUCUCGGAGAAUUGAACUGGCAUCUCAACCCUCAGAAACAAGUUAGGAUGGUGAAGAAGGGGGUCUUGCUUGGCUUGGGUGUGGGCGUCGAGUCUGUGAUCGAUGCAGCAAGACUCGAGUCCAUCAGGACCUUCCAACAGACCAUUGCUCGGUUUGCGUACAAGGACCAGGAGCAGCAUCAGGGAGUUGACGACGACGCAAUGAUCGACGAAGAUGACACAUUGGUCGAGGCCGCGAAAGCCAACUGUAAAGACAAAGAUGCGAUGGUCGAAGAUGACAAGGAUGAAGAAGAAGAAGAAGCCGAGACCGAUAUCGAGGAAGCAAUUACUUUCAAAACACCUCCAGGCUCACAGCGACGACGAGUCUCGUAUGCACGCGAAGCAACACGCCGCGGCUCUGCCAGGAGCUCUGGCGAGACUUUCAUCAUCAUCGACUACAGCGACGACGAGGACUACGUCGCCGAGAGCGAUGAGGAGUAG